UGGAGUUAUGCAAAUCCCUGUCAGCUGUAACUGAUUGAAUUUGGAAGCACUAUUCUCAUUACAAUCCAGUGAAUCAGCUAUGGGGUAUGUUUUAAGUUGCAUAGCCCCUUGGAGAUUGGUGUCCUAAUUCCUUCUUGAUCCCAUAAAUGAUGCAACAUGCAACUAUUGUGAAUUUGGGAGUAGAAUGGAAUAGUGAUGAACAAAAUGGUGAGCCGUGUUUCUCACACAAGACUGACGAGUGAGGGGACUUUAUGCUUUUGCAGAAUUCGAUUGGAAUGCUGCAUUAAUUCAAAACACCUGCCUCUAACAUGGAGUGAGUCCUUAAUCAUCUUUAUUUUACUAUCUCAAGGAGUAGGAGUGAUGAAGUGGUCUAGCAGUUUGACGAGAUUGGUGAAUUAUCUGUUAAAGCACUCUCUGGGGUUUCUAUUCAGUAAAACAUGGUUGUUGAACAUUGUUGAAGAAUCAUGUACCACUAUUCAGUGGCAAGGAUAUGAAAGUGUUUGGAAUCAGCUAUCAGAUCGGAAAACUACAAGGUGAAAAUCUUUAUUAUGAAGGCCAUUAUUUCCGCUUCCCUGUGCAUCAAACCUGCAUCUUUAGUAUGCAUUAGUUGAGUCAUUAAUAUCCCGUAAGCUCUUGAUUUUCUUCAACUGAACAGGAAGUAAACUUUCUACAAAUCUUUGUAAUAGCUAUGUUUAAGAUUCGAAAGCUUUCUCCAAGUGGGUUUAAAAAAAAAAAAAAAGCUUACUCCAAGUUAAAUGUCAUCCAUCACAAACAUCUUUGAAAGCAAUUGGAAACAAAUCCAUCCACAGCCUAAACCCUUUGAUUUUACAUUGGUUGGAUCCCAAUCAUCUGAGUUAAUCAAAUUGACAAACCAGUGUCACUCAAAGUUUACAUACUAAGAUUGAAAUACAGAUAUCAUGAUGUUAGUAAUGUUAUUGAUGCAUGCGAUCAUUCAUAUUAAGUUUCAUUAGAGAUGCACAUGAAACAAUCGUACUCUACCACCAAACUUCUGCUCACCAAACUGCACAUUGGUGUAAGACCUGAGUUUUGAUAUAGUUUUUGUUUUGAAUCCUCAUGAAGACCUGCUGUGGUAUUUAGACCAUCUUUUCUCUACAAUAGAAAUGUUGGUUCUUCCAGACCAGGAGUAAAAGACAUUACAAGUUUAAAUAGAGUGCUCAUUGAGAACUUUUAAAGUCUGCUUGAGAGACGCAGUUCAUGAUCACAGCUUCGGGGGUAAUGCAACCCAAGCUUUGGAAAGGGGACAAGGAUAACCAUCCAUGAAGUUAGAAACUAAGCAAGGAUAAGAAAAUAAUCAAAUAUUGAAUCUCAAGCUUUCCUCAAAUUUGGGUACUACGAUUUCAAGGUUUGAACUCCAUGGAGUCAAGAGUUCAUUCAUAAGAGUCCAAAUUUCCAUCACAGAAAUUUUCAGAUUAACGUAGGCAUUUGCGUCACCACAAUAAUGAUUCAAGUUUUGUCAAAGAUAAUAUUUCGUUCCUCGUUUCCAUAUCCACGUACUACAAGAAUAUAAUAUCCACGUACCACAAAGUUUUGUCACACAGUAGUGACAGUUCAAACAAGCAAAUCGUCAUUUUCUUCCAGACUUCAGCUCUCCCAAAUCUGAAAGACAACAAUAGUCACUCCCCAUUUCAUCAACCAUGGCAGAAUCAACUAAGAGGUAUGCAGUUGUGACAGGAUCAAACAAAGGGAUCGGAUUCGAAACCGUAAGGCAGUUGGCCUCAAAGGGAAUCACUGUGGUCUUAACUGCCAGAGAUGAGAAGAGGGGUCUUGAAGCUGUUGGGAAACUUCACGUAUCUGGCCUCUCAGGCCAAGUGGUUUUUCACCAACUUGAUGUGGCUGACCCUGCUAGCAUUGCUUCUCUGGCACAAUUCAUCAAAACACAGUUUGGAAAGCUCGAUAUUUUGGUGAACAAUGCUGGGAUUUUUGGAGCUAUAGUCGAUGCUGAUGGUUUCAGAGCUCUAAUUGCAUCUGGCGCUAAACGGGAAACGGCACUUAAUGAUUUCAAAAGGGUGGUAACUGAAACUUAUGAGUUAACAGAAGAAUGCUUGCAAAUUAAUUAUUAUGGUGCCAAGAGAACAGCUGAUGCACUUAUUCCACUUCUCCAGCUAUCUAAUUCACCAAGAAUUGUUAAUGUUUCAUCCUCUAUGGGAAAGCUGGAGAACAUACCAAGUGAUCGGGUGAAAGGAAUUCUUAGUACUGAUGUCGACAAUCUAAGCGAAGAGAGCGUAGACAUGAUAUUGACAGAAUUCCUAAACGACCACAAGGAGGGUUUACUUGAAACCAAAGGUUGGCCUUCUAUGGGGUCAGGAUAUACAGUCUCAAAAGCUGCAAUGAAUGCAUAUACAAGGAUUCUAGCCAAGAAGUACCCUGGUUUUCGCAUCAAUUCUGUUUGCCCCGGCUAUGUCAAAACUGAUAUAAACUUCAGUACUGGUUUCUUGUCAGUUGAUGAAGGUGCUGCAAGUGUGGUGAAUUUAGCAUUGCUACCUAAUGAUGGCCCGACAGGCCAAUUCUUUUUUCGGUAUGAAGUUCGAAGUCUCUAAUCGAACAUUGGUGCAAGUGAUUCUUAAUAAUAUAUAGUAAAUCACUUGCAUAGUAUGCUGUAAGAGAAGAACCAGUUAAGUAUCACUUUGGUUCAAUAGUUCUUGUUAUGACGUAUUUCAUUAUCACCUAUGUAAACUUGAAAGUCGCACUGAAGCCGUGGGUGGCGAAUCUCAUUUUGUCUUCUUUUUUCCUAAAGAAAUAGAUGGCAUGCUGUGAUCU